AUGGAACAUUAUGCUAGCUACAGUGAGAACGCUGAUUGGAGCAAUGAAGAGAAACAGGACAAUGUGGUUGUACAGAACCAAAGAAAGAGUCAGCCAAUGAAAUACGAUUUACAAGAUUUCUUCGAUAAUUUCCAUUUUCGGAUGCUACGUUUCAAAGACACCGGAAACGUCCAGACAGCAAGGAUAAAAAUGAACCUAGUGUGGCUGGCAAUGUUAGCGCCUGUCAUUGUAUCGAUAAACGGUCUAGUUGAAAGGGAAACCGAAAAACCCGGAGGUAAUCUUCAAUCAAAAUUUCAAUUAGCCUCAGAAACAAGUACAAUAACACGGCUCAACCAGACCCAACAAUCACGCAAACAACGUACCGCAUCGUUGGCGGAUCUGACAACCUUUGUUCCAGAUGAGGAAGACGUAGAUAGGACAACAACAAAGUUUGAUACUCCAACACAAAACCCUUCUUUACAAACGUCAACACCCCCUCCUACAAUGACAUCUCCCCCUGUGUUGUCACCCCCUCCUACAACAACACAUCUCCCUGCGUCGUCACCCCCUCCUACAACAACACAUCUCCCUGCGUCGUCACCCCCUCCUACAAUGACACCUCCCCCUGCAUCGUCACCCCCUCUUACAAUGACACCUCCCCCUGCGUCGUCACCCCCUCUUACAAUGACACCUCCCCCUGCGUCGUCACCCCCUCCUACAAUGACAUCUCCCCCUGCGUCGUCACCCCCUCCUACAACAACACAUCUCCCUGCGUCGUCACCCUCUCCUACAAUGACACCUCCACCUGCGUCGUCACCCCCUCCUACAACAACACAUCUCCCUGCGUCGUCACCCCCUCCUACAAUGACACAUCUCCCUAUGUCAUCACCCCCUCCUACAACAACACAUCUCCCUGCGUCGUCACCCCCUCCUACAAUGACACAUCUCCCUGCGUCGUCAACCCCUCCUACAACAACACAUCUCCCUGCGUCGUCACCCCCUCCUACAUCGACAUCUCCCCCUGCGUCGUCACCCCCUCCUACAAUGACAUCUCCCCCUGCGUCGUCACCCCCUCCUACAUCGACAGCUCCCCCUGCGUCGUCACUCCCUCCUACAAUGACAUCUCCCCCUGCGUCGUCACCCCCUCCUACAACGACACCUCCCCCUGCGUUGUCACCCCCUCCUACAAUGACACCUCCCCCUGCGUUGUCACCCCCUCCUACAAUGACACCUCUCCCUGCGUCGUCACCCCCUCCUACAAUGACACAUCUCCCUGCGUCGUCACCCCUUCCUACAUCGACAACUUCCCCUACAUCGUCGAUUGCACAAAUCCUUCCCUUUUCAUCUUCAGCAGGAAGAACAUUGACCCCAAAACCAAAAAUUACAAUACCGGCAACACAAACGCCAACACCAUUAUCAAGCCCUUGGGUACCAUCAGUAACUUUUUGCCCUCUAUCAAUUGGUUUUCUGGUUGGUGGUUCUGAUUGCCGUCAGAAAGAGGUUGAAGAAUCUGAUAAUAUACCAGAAAGACCAGUGAGGACAGAAUAUGUCACACCAUACCCACCACCAUCAACUACACCAUACCCACCACCAUUAACUACACCAUACCCACUGCCAACAACAACACCACACGCACAAACAUAUCCAUCACCACCACUAUAUACAUCACCGCCACCAUAUCCAUCACCGGCACCAAGCACACCAUCAUCAACGUCACCAUAUCCACCGCCACCACUAUAUCCAUCACCACCACCAAGCACACCACCAUCAACGACACCAUACGCACCGUCACCACCACCACCACCAUCAGCUACACCAUACCCACCGUUAUUCACUGCACCAUACACACCACCGCAAUCAAGUACACCACCAACAACACCACUAUCAACUACACCAUACCUACCACCACCAAGUACAUCACCAAGUACACUACCACUGGCACCAUACCCAUCAACACCAUCAGCUACACAAUAUUUAACUACACCACCACCCACUACACGAUAUCAACCACAACGAAGUACACCCGCAUCAACUUCACCAUAUCCGCCCCAACUAUCAACUACAUUAGGUAUACCUCAUUCAUUAUCAAUACCAGUAUCGAUUACUCCUCUUCCAUCGUUACCAAGUUCACAGAAUUCACCGAGAAUAAUCUCAACAUCCAGUACACGGACUCCAUCAAGUAAAAGGACUUUAUCAUCGAAAAUACCGACAACUCUAUCUUUAAAUAAACAGACUACGUCACCGAGAGUGACCACAAUUUCAGCGACUAAAACGAGAGAACCAGGCAUAAAGUACAAAGUGUUCGAUGAUUACAAGGUAUUGUAUACUUAG